AUGAUGGAGAGCAACGACCCACCAACAACAGCAACCUACACCCAGUUCGCCUGCAUCGGCGCAGGCUUCUCAGGCAUCGGCCUCGGCGCCACCCUGAAGCUCAAACACAACAUCACAGACAUCCGCAUCUUUGAACGAGAAGCUGAGCUGGGCGGCACCUGGCAUCUGAACCAAUAUCCCGGAGCCGCCUGCGACAUCCCCUCCUCCCUCUACACCUUCUCCUUCGCCCCCUGCCCCCAAUGGACCUCCACCUCCCUCCCCACCGCCCCCCAAAUCAAGUCUUACCUCGUCUCCGUCGCGGAAAAAUACUCCCUCCUCCCAGGCAGAAUAACAUUUUGCUCGUCGGUCCAAAAAUGCGAAUGGCUUCCCAGCCCCAUCUCCCGAUGGCGACUGACGGUCCUCUCCCACAACGCCAUCUCCCACCACGAAUGCCAGUUUCUCUUUUCCGGAACUGGGAUUCUGUUCCAUCCGAAAACAUCCUCUUUUUUCUCCCUCCCCGGUGCCGGGUCGUUUUCUGGGACGGUGAUGCAUUCUGCUAGGUGGGACCACAGUGUUGACCUCGGCAACAAAAAGGUGAUGUUGUUUGGGAACGGGUGUUCCGCUUCGCAGAUUGUACCGGCGUUGCUUGGGAGGAGCAACAACGCUGAGGUUUGCUCUUCCGGACGUGACUAUAAUGUUGAUAAGAUAACGCAGUUUGUUCACUCGAGGCAUUAUGUCAUUCCCUCCUUGGCAGAGCUUUUUCCUUUGGCGCUUCUGGAACGGCUGCCGCGCGGGCUUCAAAGGUUGUUGUGUAUCUUGAUUGGGGAGAUGGAUUUCAUCGCGAUGAGGGAGAACAAGGUUGGGAGGUGGAUCAGACGGAAAAAAACGGAGGAGGUGAAAAGGUAUAUGAGGGAGACGGUGCCGGAGAGGUAUAGCGAUUUGGUGGUGCCGGAGGGGGUUGAGUUUGGGUACAAGAGACGGGUGUAUGACCCGGGGUAUUUGAGAGCGUUGCAUGAUGAACGGGUUGAGUUGGUUGGGGAGCGGGUUGUGGAGGUGGUACCUGAGGGUGUGAAGACGGAAGGGGGGAGGUUGGUGGAGGGGGAUGUGAUUGUGCUGGCGACGGGGUUUGAGACGAAUAGGUUUUUGGAGGGGGUUGAGGUGGUUGGGAGGGGGGGUGAGAGGUUGGGGGGCCAUUGGGGGGAGGAUGUGAGUGAUGGGGAUAGUCUGGAUGGGAAGGAAGGGGUGAAGGGGGUGGGUGCUUAUGAGACUGUGGCGGUGGGGGGGUUUCCGAAUUUCUUUAUGUUGGCUGGACCAAACUCCGUCACGGGACACACCUCUGUUAUCAUCGCCAUCGAGAACGCCAUCACGCUCGCGAUGAACGUUAUCAAGCCUAUUCUCUCCAAAGGGAGUAAAGUGAGAGAAGUGGAAGUAACACCCGAGGCGGAGAGGCAGUGGGUGAGCAACGUGCAGGACGAGUUGAACAACAAGACGAUCUGGGGCGGUGGAGGUAACAUGACCGCGGCGGAGUCGUGGUAUGUCAAGCUUGAUGAGAAGACGGGCAAGAGGUGGAACGCGAUGUUGUACCCAGGAUAUCAGCUUGGUGCCUGGUACCGGGCGAGGAAGCCUAGGAAGGAAGAUUGGGGCACGAUGGACAAGUACCAGCAUCUGCACAGCAAUUUUCUUUUCUACAUUAACAUCUACUUUGGCAUGCCCUGCAGAGAAAAAGAUACUCUUCAGCUUCGCAAAGCUGGCCAACCUUUUUGA